CUCAGCACAUCUCGCCGCCGCCAUUCUUUCUUUCCCUUUGUUGUUUUUCCCGCACGUCGAGUCCGUUCGCCACGCAGCGCCUGCUGCCCCGGGUAGGCUGCGAAGAUGCCUGCGCCACUGGCCAAAGGCACCGGCCCACGCUCUGCCUCGCCCUCGCGAGCACCUGCUGCCCCGCCACAUGGUCCUAACAACCUCUUGACAUCAGGCCUCAUCAUCGCUGCAUCCGUCAUUGUCGCCGCCGGAAUCGCCAUCUACGAGUCGCCCCAGGUCAGGCAAUGGGCCGACCAGACCCGCCGCAAGAUUGCCAUUGCCCUGCACAAUCUGGGUGACGACAUUCAGCCGCGCCGCCCCAGCGAAUCGUCGGAUGACUUUGACGAGCGGAAGCGAAGGCGCGACGACUUGGUCCGCCGGAAUCGAAACGAGCUGAUCAGGAGAGCCCGAGAAGAGGGCGUCGCCGUCGAUCUCGACGAGCUGGCCAAGAUGGGCACUGAGACGACCGAGGCUGCCGAGAGGCGAUCGAGGGCCGACCGGACCAAGAGCUUCGACGACAUGGUUAGCAGCGACGGCACACUCAAGGCGAACACCACUGCCACGGAGCCUUCCAACGGCGACGUCAGGAAACGCGGUGCCGCUGGCUUUGCCGCUGGCUCCGCUGCCGCUGCUGUCCUUGCCAACCCCUUUGAUGACGACGCAACCCUUCUGGACCACGACAACCAUGACGACGCUCCCGCCCCGAAGCCUUUUGUCUCCGAAGAAACCGCUACCCGCGAAAGCUCUGCGACCGUCGAGGCCCAGGCCGUCUCUACCCCAACUGCUGCUCCUCUCGUCGACUUGACCCCUGCCACCGAACCCGCCGUCCCUCAAUUGUCCCUCCCCGAAGCCUCGUUUUCUUCUGCCCAGGCCCAAGCCGACGAGACAGAGCAAGCCGCCCAGUCCUUCUACUCCUUCACCUCGGCCGACUCGCACCCCGCAGUACCCCAGGCCGACUCCGCACCUGUAUCGCACCCCUUCUUCUCCGCCGAUGCCGACACAGCCGAGCACGUCUCCACGGGCACCCUGACCCCGCGCUCAGAGCGCUCCAUGACCAUGGCAUCUGUCUCCGAAGUUUCGCACCACGCCGACGACAUUGCCGUCCUCAGCAUGCAAAACGACACGGACCACGAUGCCCGCUCCGAGAUCUUCUCGGAAGGCGGCUUCACUGACGCCUUUUCUGAGAGUGGCUUCAGCGAGUUCGAGACGGGUAGCAGGGCUGGUGGCGUCAUGACACCCAGUUCUUGGUCGCAUGUUGGCAGCGAUGAUGAGAGCGAGUGGGGUGGUGCUGCGGGUGGAAAUGGCCAUGUUAGCCAGGUGCAUCAAUAAGCUUGCAUGACUUGGAUAUUGCAUUUUUGGUGAAAACAUGGUUGGAUUUUUUUUCCUUUUUCCUUUUCCUUUUUGUCUUCUUUUCUUUUCUUUUUUCCCUUUGUUGUCGCACACCUUGGAAGUAAAAUGGAUACAUCAUCUCAUUGGUGGGGAAAUACGGCGUUGGUGUUUUUUUUUCUCUCAUCUCUCUCAUUUUCUCAUUUUGUUUUCCCUGAUCUCUAUCUCUCUCUUUCCUUGUUUUUUUUUUGGGGGGGGGGGGGACCGUGUAGUGUAGUGUAGUGUAGUGUAGUAAAGUAGGGCAAACAAAGACAAAGACCAGACAGACAGACAGAGCAUUUAC